AUGGAGCGCUCGGCGGCGGGCGCCUCGUACCAGCGCUUCCCACGCGUGCGGAUCCGCGAGCUCAAGGACGAGUACGCCAAGUUCGAGCUCAAGGACACCGACGCGAGCAUGGCCAACGCCCUCCGCCGCGUCAUGAUCGCCGAGGUCCCCACCGUCGCCAUCGACCUCGUCGAGAUCGAGAGCAACUCCUCCGUCCUCAACGACGAGUUCCUCGCGCACCGCCUCGGCCUCAUCCCGCUCACCUCCUCCGCCGCCAUGUCCAUGCGCUUCUCCCGCGACUGCGACGCCUGCGACGGGGACGGCUCCUGCGAGUACUGCUCCGUCGAGUUCCACCUCGCCGCCCGCGCCACCGACUCCGGCCAGACGCUCGAGGUCACCUCCACCAAGGACCUCCGCUCCACCGACCCCAAGGUCUGCCCUGUCGACCAGCAAAGGGAGUACCAGCAGGCCCUCGGCAACGUCGACGCCUACGAGCCCGAUGCUGCCGGUGACCACAGGGGCAUAUUAAUUGUAAAGCUGCGCCGUGGGCAAGAGCUGCGUCUUCGAGCAAUUGCCAGGAAGGGGAUUGGAAAGGACCAUGCCAAAUGGUCUCCAGCUGCUACUGUGACCUUCAUGUAUGAGCCUGACAUAUGUAUUAACCAAGAACUCAUGGAGACACUUACACUUGAGGAAAAACAAAGCUGGGUGGAGAGCAGCCCUACAAAAGUAUUUGACAUCGAUCCUGUCACCCAACAGGUGACGAUUGUGGACCCAGAGGCCUACACGUAUGACGAUGAGGUGAUCAAGAAAGCAGAGGCCAUGGGGAAGCCAGGAUUGGUAGAGAUCAACGCCAAGGAGGACAGCUUUGUGUUCACUGUGGAGACAACGGGCGCCAUCACAGCCUAUGAGCUGAUUAUGAACGCUAUCACAGUCCUGAGGCAGAAGCUGGACGCUGUCCGCCUGCAAGACGAUGACGGCGAUCUUGGUGAGCUCGGCGCCCACCUUAUCGGAGGCUAA